CUGCCUGGCAUGGUGGUGUGGGUUACUGGAGCAUCAAGCGGUAUUGGUGAGGAGCUGGCUUUCCAGUUAUCUAAACUCAGGGUGUCUCUGGUGCUGUCAGCCCGAAGGGUGCAGGAGCUGGAGCGGGUGAAGAGAAGAUGCCUGGAGAAUGGUAACAUGAAAGAAAAAGACAUACUGGUUUUGCCCCUUGACCUGGCUGACACAAGUUCUCAUGAUACUGCUACCAAAGCUGUUCUCCAGGAGUUUGGAAGAAUUGACAUUCUAGUCAACAAUGGUGGAGAAUUCCACUGUUCCUUUGCUGUGGAUACCAAGCUGGAUGUCUUCAAGGUGCUAAUAGAGGUGAACUACUUAGGGACAAUGUCAUUGACCAAGGGUGUUCUACCUCAUAUGAUGGAGAGAAAGCAAGGAAAGACUGUGAUCAUGAGCAGUCUUUCAGGAGUUGUGCCCCGUCCCCUUUGCAGUGGGUACAUGGCCAGCAAACAUGCUCUUCAGGGGUUUGUCAAUGCACUCCGAAUCGAACUUUGGGACUACCAGGUAUAACAUUGUCUGCCAUUUGUAACGCAACACACUCCGAAUCGAACUUUGGGACUACCAGGUAUAACAUUGUCUGCCGUUUGUCUGGCAGCUGUGCAUUCUAAUAUUUUCCAGAAUUAUUUUACUACAGAAGUCAUUAAGACCAGAUGGCCUAAAACUCAGAAGUUUCCCAAGAUGGCAACAAGCCGCUGUGCCCAGCUAAUGCUUGUCUCCAUAGCCAAUGAUCUGGAGGCAUGGAUAGCUUGUCAGCCUGCCUUGUUUUGGGCAUAUGUGGCAAUCUGGGACUGGAUAAUUUCAAGGAUGCUAUGGAAGAAAAGUAUGGAACACUUUAGGAUUACCAUGGUAUGA